CUUGCCAUUGGGUUUCCUUUGCGCCGCUCAAAGCAGCACCAGCGGCAGCAGCGUGCACACUUCCUGCAGCGAGACAGGAGCAGCACACCGCUUCGCUUGUCACCACAACAGCAGCAAACAAGAUGAGGAGCCGAGAGCUCCGUGAGGGAACGUGACGCUUGGAAUUUUUGACCAUGACAAGGAGCCACCUGGACCUGUCUCCGUUUUUCUUUUGUUUUGUGUGCGUCCGUUGUUUUUGUCUCCCGUCCACCUGUCUCUUCUGCUCUUGCCACCACUGAGAUGGAAGACAGAAAGAAAAAACAAAUCAGACACUCCUUAUCAAUGAUAUAAUUAUCAUCUCUUGUCCAAAUCAAGUACCGUCCAGCACUUUUCAUGUCUGUCCAGCUCGUAAGCGGUAGCCUGAACACGUGUUUAUUUAAUGACGAUUGUUUUAGCGGUCAAGGUGUUGAUUUCUUUUUUUUUCGUCUUAGUCAUUCGGCCAGUAUUCUCGGUGAACCUUCAUUAUUUUAAAAGAUUUAUUGUUGAUGUUGUAGCUGCUAAGUUAACUUAGGUUGUGAUGUUAUUGUUGUUUUACCUCGUGGAUGUGACUUGAUUGAAAUAUUUUGAACUAGAACCUGACUGGGAGUGAAAUGAAGCUAGUAAACACUGGAAGGCUCCGUUUGACACUAUGAACUGGAAACUGCUGGUUUCCCAAACCAAUGAAGACACUGAGGACACAAGGGAAUUUUUUUUUGGUCAAUUCAAGAACUGAAAGAUCUUUUGAAACAUUUUGACUCCAUUUUGCAGCCUUUUUGAAUUUUUGGGACUCAGUAAAGCUUGUCCCCGUCCGGCGAGCGAGAAUGCGCUCCCCGGAACCGUCGUCCUUCUCCCCGUCGGAAGCUCUCCUCCACGGCCAGUUUGCCAGCUGGGGGUCCAACAACAACAACAAUAGUGGCAGCAGCAACAAUAAUAGCUGCCCCAACAGCCCCGGCGGCGGUCCGGGCGGGCUCUCCCCAGCCGCUUCGCCCACGCUGGCGCCGGUCUCCAACUACGCGCUGACCCUCACCCACCUGCACGUCCACAUCCAGCGCCUGUCGCCACGUCCGGGUAAAGAGGCCCGGCUGCUGCUGCCUCUGUCGGAGCUGGUGGGAUGCAGCUGCCCCCGAGCGCCCGCGCCCCCGCUCCUGGUGCUCUACUGGUACCCGCCAGGUAAACGACGCAAAGGGGUGUCGCGCCGCCGUCAGGUGAGGGCUUACCUGGCUGAGAGCAGAACCGAGGCGGAGCGAUGGUCGGCCGCCGUGCAGUGUUUACUUCGGGGGGUGCCGGUCACGGCCGAAACGGAAUUUUCCAGAAGCCUCCUACCUCGCCCCAAGCGUCUACUGCUGCUGGUCAAUCCCUUCAGUGGGCGAGGACAGGCGAUGCAGUGGUGUCAGACGCACAUCCUCCCCAUGAUCAGGGAGGCUAACAUCAGCUAUAACCUGAUCCAGACAGAGCGUCAGAACCACGCCAGAGAGCUUAUCAGGGAGAUAUCGCUACCGGAGUGGGACGGCGUCGUCAUCAUUUCGGGAGACGGCCUCCUGCACGAGGUUAUAAACGGCUUCAUGGAGCGUCCAGAUUGGGAGCGAGCGAUAAAAACACCUGUUGGCAUUCUGCCCUGCGGUUCUGGCAACGCGCUGGCCGGGUCCAUCAACCACCACGCGGGGUUUGACAUGUGCCUUCGGGAGCCUCUCCUUUUGAACUGCUGCUUCCUGCUGUGUCGCGGCGGCGUGCGGCCCAUGGACCUGGUCUCCGUGACGACGAGCCCGCCCGCCAACAACAGCCGAGCCGCUACCGGGCACGGGCCCAGGAAGCUCUUUUCGUUCCUGUCCGUCGCCUGGGGGUUCGUGUCGGAUGUGGACAUUGAAAGUGAGAGGUAUCGCGGGCUGGGCUCAGCACGUUUCACUCUGGGCACGCUAGUGCGCAUCGCCUCCCUCCGCUCCUACAAGGGUCGCCUGUCCUACCUGCCCCCCUCCAGCGUGGCCCCCUCGCCCGACGUCACGCCCCCGGCGCCGAGGAGGCCCCUUUCCCGAAGCAUCACAGAGGGCCUGGAGGGCUUCUGCAAACCGCCCAUCCAUCGCACCUCCUCCGACAUGGGCAUCAGCGAACAACGGAGUCUGCGGCGGGGCGAGGGCGAGCGGGAGAAGGAGGAGAGGCAACGGGAACGAGAGCGGAGACGGGAGCGAGCCCGGGGAGGAGGCACGGGCGUGGUGAGGGCCAGCAGCCUGAUGGAGGACAGGGAGAAGGAGAAUGAGGGGGAGGCUGAGAUGGAAGAAGCCAGGCUGAAGGGGGGGCGGGGCGACUGCAACGUGGGAGGGGACACCGGACUGGCGCAGAUUAAAGACGAACACGAGGACGAGGGAAGAACCGAGGAGGACUCGAGUGAGAUGGAGGAGGAUGAGCAUCAGGCUGGAGAUGGGGUCGACCGCGUAAAGUGUGAGGGGGCGACGCUCGCCCAAGAAGAGCCUGCUGAAGGCUCGGAGGCAGAUGAAGGUUGUUUCACCUACCAAGAUGAAGCCCGGCAGACCCUCAGGAAGAACUCUGCUCCUUCGAGCCAGAUAGCCGACACGCUGUUCGGUCAAGCCGACUGCAAUUCCGGCCCCUCCUACGCUGUGGAGGAUGAAGACCUGAACGGAAGCUACUUCCAGAAAGAUGUCUACCCUCUGGAUGUCGCCCGCGAACGUGCCCUCACCAUAUCCUCCCCCUUUCGCCACUCCCCAUUCUCCUACAAAGCCAGAACUGUGGACCAGAACCAGAACUCCUCGCGGCCGAGGCCCCUGUCGCUCCUGCAGCACUCGCACUCUAACUCGCUGCCUCCUAAACUUCCCUCCCUGUCGCUCUCUCUGUCCCCCACGCCUCCAUCUUCACCUUCAUGCGCCUCCCCGCACGCCUCGUCAUUCCUGGCGCCUCGCCCCAACACGCCCGGGUCAACCUCGCCCUCGCCAACCAUACGCACGGCCACCUCGUCGUUCAGCUUUGACAUGGCCGAGCCGGCCGGGCCCCUCAAGAACCGUCCUUACGUCUCCCUGCCUUUAAACGUCCCCAGAGAUGACCUGUUGCCCCCACUGGACCAACCCCUUCCCACGCGAGACUGGGUCACAAUAGAGGGCGAUUUUGUUCUAGUUUUGGCCCUUUAUCAGAGCCACCUGGGGGCCGACCUGCACGCCGCGCCGCAGGCCAGGUUUGACGACGGACUCAUCCACCUGACCUUCGUGCGGGCGGGCAUAUCCAGAGCCACCUUACUCCGACUGUUCUUCGCCAUGGAGAGAGGAACGCACCACUCUGUCAGCUCGCCGUACGUCAGCCACGUUUCCUGCCGCGCCUUCCGGCUGCAGCCUCUGUCGGCACGCGGGACCCUCACGGUGGACGGAGAGCUGGUGCCGUAUGGACCCUUGCAAGCGCAGGUCCAUCCCUCCAUGGCGCGCCUCAUUGUCGGUGACUCGGGAGUGCAGGUCACCAGGUUCUAAAUCAGGGAUUGGUUGAAGCUGAUUACUAAACACUCACUUCUGAAUUAUGUCAAACCUGUUGCCACGUAUGCUCUGAUUCUGAACUAACCUGGAUUGCACAAAAACAGUUUGAGGGUCAAAGGGAGAACCUUACCGAGCCAUGCAUCAUUAGAGCAGGAAUGCAGGGAUUGAUAGUUUUGUUUUGUUUUAGAAAAUGGAUGAAAACUGCACCGCGUUGCACAUCGGCGGGAUUACGCCAAGCGAACCCCGCAGACGCAUGAAAACCGCACAGCCUGGAAUACGAGGGAAGAACAAUCGAAUGUCUGUUGAUUUUUAUUUUUUUUGGGCGCGGACAGUGCAUGAUGCGGGUGCGUGUAUACGCGAUAGUAUGCAUGCUCAGAAGCACUACCAGUAUUUUGCCUUACAGGGAAAAAAUUGACUUUGCAAAACGACACUAUACAAGGUUAGAGCUUCAGUGGUUAACAAAGUUCAUUUCACUUACUUUAGCCUCAACAGUAUUUGAUGUCUACAUUUCAUGGCACUCAAUAAUCCUCUGGAGUGCAUUUUAUGUUUAUUAAGUUAGCGCAGCACGCAAAAGCCUCUUUCACACGGAGCUGAAACAGAAGGCAUUCAUCCACUUAUUACGCACAACUCCAAAAACAAUAUUGUUUAUACAGAACCGCAACGUUAAAAAUUGUGUGGUGGUGGUGGGGGGUCUUUUAGAGCCGGUGUGAACGGGGCUAAAAUCACAACACUAGAAUGCACACUUGGAUGCUUUUAAUCAUUUGCAGCCAAGAAGAAAAAGAGGAAAGCACUAGUAAAAGUACCUUAGAACUAUACUACUAUAAAUGAUUCCUGUGAAAGGGAUUACAUUGGUCCGUUUGUUUUAUUUUUUUUUAGCUGGGAAAGUUGAAUGUAGAAACAAACUUAAAAUCACAAUAGGACUUGAUGGAGACUGAAUUUGACUGAGCGUUGACAACUGAAAUCAUGUCUUUGCCUUAAGUGACCUCACAGAUAUUUUGGUGGAAUCGGAACAAUAGUGAGUGAGAAAUGAUUACCUGCUUUGUGUUAAUCUUAUUUUGAGACCUGCUGAUAAAUUGGUCAAAUCAAUAGCAUGUGCACUGUAUCAAUCAGUGGAGAUGGUGUGUGAACUGUUUGGGUCCCUUGUCAGCACAGCGCAUGUCCUGGUCAUGCCUGGAGAUAUCAAUGCCUUUGUAUUACAAUCCUGUUGAAAAUCUUGUUCAAACAUGAUGACAAAAAAAGUGGACUACAAUUUAUAACUGCUCACCAGGCUGCUAUUUUCUUUCUUUUUUUUUUUUUUUUACACACACAGUCUACCACAAUGGCGGAGCAGUCUAGGUUUAUAACACCGCCACGUAGAAGAAUAUCACAAUUUAGAUUUGUUGCCAAAAUGUACAGGAUCGAAAAACGGCAGGUUCUACCUUCUGUGUAUGUUGGAACUGAACAAAUGAAAUGGAUGUGGCGUUUAAAUGUCCAGGCAUCUAUAGUGGCCCUCCUUGUAAGGAAAUUGCAUUUAUUACUAAAAUGAUGGAAGAAAAUAUAUGAUUAUGGUGUACAGUUCAUAGUUGUCAAUGUUUUCAAUAAAUGUAACUUAAAAACUG